AUGAAUGUGAAUGGUGGCAGCCAGAGCACUCCACAGGCAGAACUCCAGACACAUGUCCAGGCGCACUCCCAGGUGCAUCCAUCAAAUGAAAGUGCUGCCAAUCAAUGUGACUUUAGCUUUCUCAAGCGCAAAUAUGAAACGCAAGUGGAGCUGCCCUUGGGACAGGAUUAUGAUGCGAAUCCGUGGAAGAAACGUCAUCUGGAUUAUGAUGUAACUGGCGGCAGCGGGGAUAUGUGUUUUCAACUGCAGUUGGACACGGGCAACAAUAAUGCGACAACAGCCACAAAUUCGACGGCUUUUAUCAAUGACCUAUUUGCCUAUGAUAGCAGUCUGCUGGUGCCAGCUGCCUCCUAUUGUGCUCCGCCUCCGGAGGCGGAUGGCGGUGGCUGGCAGACAGGGGAACUACUCGAAUUGGAUCAUCGCUAUAAUUCCGGGCUGCAGACAGAGAUAAAUCAAUUGAAUGCCACAUUGCCACCGCCGCCUCCUCCGCCGCCGCCGCCUUCGUCAGCUACUUCCGCUCCUGCUGCAUCCGCCUCCGUCUCCGCCAGUUUUCUGCUGCCGAUUGCUCAGAAAACACAGCCUCAGUCGCGUCCAGCCAGCUGCGGUAGACGCAACUCCGAAACGGAACCGGAUUUCGAGGAUAAAAAUCUAUCCUGGUUGCUCAAUUUCAAGUUCGAUGAGUUUCCACAUUUAUCGCCGGAUGUUGGUGGCGGCCAGCGUUUGGGCAAUGCCGCUCUGGAGGCGGCCACGCCCACCGGGGCGGCUAACAUGGCCAGCAGCCUGUCGGAUUGCAGCUCGGCGUCUUCCGCAUCCGCAUCCGCAUCCAAUUCGAAUCAUUCGCAUAAUUCCGCUCACAGUUGCCUCGAUCCGCGUGAUCCACGUGAUCGAUCGCCCAACACAACAACAACGACAGCCACAACAUCUGCAACCUGUUCAACAACAACAACAGCAAGCGGUGCAACAACAGCAACAAUAAACACACCAACCAAAACGGGACGCAAAUUCGAGGAACUCGUCAUGGAGGUCACCUCCGAAAUGGAUGCCAAUGAUAUGAUUGUCGCCGAGCAUGUUGUGGUCGAGGAUACCACCUCCAAGGCGCCAAAGAAACCACCGUUCACAUACACGGAACUCAUUGAAUACGCCCUCGAGGAUAAGGGUGAGCUGACGGUAUCGGGCAUAUACCAAUGGAUAUCUGAUCGCUUUCCGUAUUACAAAUCAAACGAUGAUCGCUGGAAGAAUUCGGUGAGGCACAAUCUCUCCAUCAAUCCGCAUUUUCGAAAGGGAGUCAAGGCGCCUCAAGGAGCCGGACAUUUGUGGGCAAUUUCCAGCGGAGACUCUGCGGAAAAUGUCCUGGCCUGGGAGCAUAAAAAGCAACGCUUGGAUUUGUUUUUCAAAAUGGAAUCGAUAAAUCGGGAGCGCAUUCAGCAACAUCAGCAACAGAUGCAACAGCAACAACAGCAGCAGCAACUGCAACAGCAACAUUGCAACUCACCACAACAACAACAACAACAGACUUGCCAACAACAACAACAGCAACAUCAAAAUGCCUCAAGUUGCAUCUACGAUGAGGCAGCUGCAGCUGCUGCCGCCUUGACUCAAGAGAUGUUGCAACAAGCGGCAGCAACUGAAGCAUCGCCAGCAGCAACACAUCACAAUCAUCAACAUCAACAACACAAUCACAAUCAUCAUCAUCAGCAACAACAUCAUAAUCAACAACAGCAACAACAACAACAACAUCAACAACAACAGCAACAACAACAACAGAGAUUGUUGCCCUUCAACGAUCUUUUGAGCGAUGAGGAACUGCGCAAAACUGCGGGUCAAAUCCUCAAUGGAAUCCAUCGAGAGGUCGAAGUGCAGUCGGUCAACUCUAUCAUCAGCACCUACCAAGAUGUACUCCUAGACAAUGACUAUCUCAAUCCCAUCCACAAGGACGUUGUGGUCACUGAAAGUGGACUCCGUCAGCAGCAGCAACAACACCAGCAGCAACAGGGCAAUUUGGGAGGUAGCCUUAGUCACUCGCAGUACUAUAUCACGGAAAUCGAUCCCAUGGAGCUGGGCAUACAGAUGUCACAUCAGGUGGAACCCUCCGAGGAGGAAGUGCUCUUCAGCGAUGACUUUAAUCUCAAUUAUUUUGGUUAUAAUCCCGGCAGCGAUAUUGUCGCUUGA